ACUAUAUUGUGUAUUUAUUAUCAGGAGCAUUUUUUUUCCCUAAAGAUAAGGCAGGGUAUCAGCCUAAGGAGACGAUAGGAAAGAAAAAAAUCGUUUAAAAACUUAAAAAGACAAUAAAAUUGUAAAAAUUUUUCUAAAAAGAAAAAAUAAAAAGGCAGGAUCAUCAAAGCAGCUUCUUUUCCCACGAAGUAGGCACGCCACAUGUUUUUACCUUUUCUUACCUUCGAAUCCUAUCGCCCUUUUUUUCUUCUUUCUUUACAGACUAGAAGUCUGUGGGCUGUUUUGUUUGGCAUGCAGUACCUUUAAAGUAUUCAUUAGUGGCCAAUAUUUAGAAGGAAAGCUAUAGCAUUAAAACAGAUUUCCAGGGUUUCCUGAAAAAAAAAAAAAGUUUUUUAAAGGAUUUGCUUUCCUAAAAUGGCAACAAUCAGUGGAGGUGAGUAAUGGCUGCCCCCUGGACAGGUGGGCUAGGUGCUGUCCAGUUCACUAGGUUUCCAACCAAGCCAGCUUUACUCAUUAAUGAACAAUUGAUGUUCCAUUUGUUUGUCAUUACUGCUCAGUAGCUUAUGUCUCCUAGCCAUUGGGGCCAGACAGUGCCAAUCCCUUUAGGAGCUUCAGACUAAGCUGUUAUGACUAUGCUACCAAGGAAUAAGCCUGGUGAAGAAACAGGCUUUUCUGUUAGGCACAGGGCUUUCGGAGCUGAACAAUUUCCCAGUCUGAUGGAAGAGACUGACAACUACAGUAUGGAGUAGUGGUCAUGUACGUACAUUAAGAGUUAUUUAUGAUGAGUAAAUAAAGGGAGCAACAGGGGACCAGAGGAGGUGAAAUGAAUAAUUUUCACCUUGCCGUAUUGACCUCAAGGGCCUAGAGAAGCGUCUAACUUAGACUUCUGGAGUAAGCUGAAGCCCAAAGGGUAAAGAGGCAUAUUAACACAAACGGUUAAGUUUCAGGCAGAGGCAAUAUCAGGUAAGGUGUGUGGUGGGGAAGAGACAAUGAAAGUGGAGAUACCUGGAGCAGAGGGUGACAAGAAGCGAAAAGUGAGAGAUGAAGAUUAAGGUACAAGCGAGGAUCAAUUUAUGUCGUCUGAACUUUAUCUUAGGGACAAUGGGAAGCCCGUGAUACUAUAAGUAAGGGUAAGUUUACUGGGACUCCGAAUUGAUUUGUUCAAGUUAUACAUAGGAACGGAACCAAAAAAUGAACUGCUAAUUUUUAAAAUUAAUUCCUAAUCAAUGUACUAUUACUUCCCCGCUGUCCCGUGUUUAUCGCUGACCCACCAAUUCAAAGGACACGGCACAUGUUUCUUUUUUUUUGAGAUGGAGUUUCGCUCCUGUUGCCCAGGCUGGAGUGCAAUGGCAUGAUCUCGGCUCACUGCAACCUCCGACUCCAGGGUUCAGGCAAUUCUCCUGCCUCAGCCUCCCGAGUAGCUGGGAUUACAGGCAUGCGCCACCACGCCCGGCUAAUUCUGUAUUUUUACUAGAGACAGGGUUUCUCCGUGUUGGUCAGGCUGGUUUCAAACCCCCGACCUAAAAUGAUCGGCCCGCCUAGGCCCCCCAAAGUACUGGUAUUACAGGCGUGAGCCACCGCGCCCGGCCUGCGGAAAUGGCCUCAACGCUUCAACCGGAAGCAGAAACUGACCGCAGCAGGCGCCAUCUAACGGCUGCUGGAGCAAAGCUACUGCCGGAAAGUCGCAACACCGGAAAAGGUCCGGCUGCUUCCGGUAAAAACCCAAUAGAGCAGACGUUCAGAGGGCGAGUCUCGAAGAUACGGCCAAUUUGCCCAGCGCUCUGUGCUCCGCGACGAGGCAUGCCCGCUUUUGCGCAGGCGCGAGAACUACGGCGCAGGCGCGGAGACUAUUGCGCAGGCAAGUGCGUACGCAGAAGCGUGCGCGCGCCCGUUCAACGUCCGGAGCAUCGGUCCAGUUUCGAGGGUCACCAGUGAAAAGUUGUGCAGAGCCCAACAUGAGCUUCAUUUCCAAGCUGCCACCUAUCUCUGCCUCCUGCGUAGCAUCCGGGAACAUGUGGCCCUACAUCAGGAAUUUCAUGGCAAGGGUGAGCGCUCAAUGGAGGAGUCUGCUGGCUUGGUGGGUCUCAAGUUGCCCCGUCAGCCUGGAGGGAAGGGCU